CCUUACAAAAAAUCUCCCAAUCGCAACCUCGGCCGAUUCUCUCCCAAAUUCAGUUCAUCUCACGAAUCAUCUGUCCUUCCCUCAUGUAAUCACCGACCCAGGAUUCAUCCAUCAGCUCCUGAGUAAAAGAGUGAAACUUUCUCUCUCUGCUUCCCUCGAAUUUCAGUGCAUUCUGCACAAUUCCUGAUUCCGGAGUCCGAUCUUUCCUCCGAUUCUGACAAUCGUUUCUUCUCGCCGGAGAGAAAUAAAGACAUGGGCUGUUGUUUCACUAAGGACAGAAAUGGGUACAGAUCUGGGGGUGCGAAUUACCAGAGAACCUAUGAACAACAGCAGCAGCAGCAGCUGCAGCAGCAACCUGUCGUGGUUCCACAGCACAAGCCUCCUUCGAAUCAUUAUCAAACCCAGCAAGUUGCGUUCAAGGCCUCGAACCCAGUCCUAAGCCCCAGGCCAGCCCAGAAGGUGGACACAAUCCUGGGCAAGCCCUAUGAAGAUGUCAAGUCCCACUACACAUUUGGGAAAGAGCUGGGCAGAGGUCAGUUUGGUGUCACUUAUCUCUGUACUGAGAUUUCCACUGGUAGGCAAUAUGCUUGUAAGUCCAUUUCAAAGAGGAAGCUUGUGUCCAAGAACGAUAAGGAGGACAUGAGGAGGGAGAUUCAGAUCAUGCAGCAUUUGAGUGGCCAGCCCAAUAUAGUGGAGUUCAAGGGUGCUUAUGAGGACAAGCAAUCGGUCCACCUUGUGAUGGAACUCUGUGCUGGUGGCGAGCUUUUCGAUAGGAUCAUCGCGAAGGGGCACUACACUGAGAGAGCUGCGGCUACAAUCUGUAGGGCGAUUGUCAAUGUUGUUCAUGCCUGCCAUUUCAUGGGUGUUAUGCAUAGAGAUCUCAAGCCUGAGAACUUCUUGUUGGCUAGCAGGGAAGAGAAUGCCCCCUUGCAGGCUACAGAUUUUGGUUUGUCCGUGUUCAUCCAAGAAGGCAAGGUGUACCAGGAUAUUGUCGGGAGUGCCUACUAUGUUGCUCCUGAGGUUUUGCGGCGCAAUUAUGGGAAGGAAAUAGACAUAUGGAGCGCAGGAGUCAUACUUUAUAUCCUACUCAGUGGCGUGCCUCCAUUUUGGGCUGAAACUGAGAAGGGGAUAUUUGACGCGAUACUGCAAGGAGAGAUUGAUUUCGAAAGUGACCCAUGGCCAACUAUAUCCCGUAGUGCUAAGGACCUGGUCAAGAGAAUGUUAAUGAAGGACCCCAAGAAAAGGAUUACUUCUGCACAGGUUUUAGAGCAUCAUUGGAUUAAGGAAGGCGGAGAUGCAUCAGACAAGCCAAUAGACAGUGCUGUCCUUUCAAGAAUGAAGCAAUUCAGAGCAAUGAACAAGUUGAAGAAACUUGCACUGAAGGUAAUUGCUGAAAAUCUAUCUGAAGAAGAUAUUCAAGGGUUGAAAGCAAUGUUCGCGAAUAUGGAUACUGACAAGAGUGGAACGAUCACCUAUGAGGAGCUGAAGACAGGAUUAGCUCGGCUUGGAUCGAAGCUUACAGAGGCAGAAGUGAAGCAGCUGAUGGAAGCAGCUGAUGUGGACGGAAAUGGAAGUAUUGACUACAUCGAGUUCAUAACAGCUACAAUGCAUAGACACAAGCUAGAGAGAGAAGAACAUCUAUACGUAGCCUUCCAGCAUUUCGAUAAGGACAAUAGUGGGUUCAUCACAAUGGAUGAAAUUGAGACUGCCAUGAGAGGAUAUGGAAUGGGAGAUGAAGACACCAUUAAAGAUAUUAUAGCGGAAGUUGACACGGACAAUGACGGCAGAAUCAACUACCAGGAGUUCUGCGCAAUGAUGAGAAGUGGCAACCAAAACCAGGGGAGACUCUUCUAGGGGGCUCUCUUUCAUGCCUCCGGAUGAACCUAUUGUAAAUUGAAGUUAAGCACUCUAAAAUACGGAAGCUGUUAUCCUUCAACGUACUUGACCUGGAAAGUCAAUUCUAGUUUGAGAUCUGCUUUGGUUCUCCUGAGAUGCCAGAUGGAAGCAUGCAACUCAUGGCAUUUUCUUGGGCCUUCCCUAUGGUACAAUUUUUGUACUGUUAAUUUCUUGAAGAUAACUGUGAGAAGAGGUCAUUUGAAAACACAGCUGAAGAAGCUGCUUCUUUACUGUUGCAAAUUAUGGUAAAAAUCCUCUCUUUUGAACCUUAUGGUUCC